AUGGACGCUUACCUCAAUGGUCUCAUGAAUGAUAAUGCCAAUCCUGACAACCUCUUUGACGAUGAAUAUUACCUGUUUGCUGGUGAAGGCCUAGAUGUUGAUGACAUGGAGCACAACGAAUUGGAAGACUCAAGCGGCGGUGCCCCUGUGGCGCGUCGCUCAGCGCACGUCGUGCCGCAGAGCUUCGAGCUGUCGUCGCUCCUUGCGGAGGGCAGCGGCGUCGGGGAGCUGUUGUCACCCUGGUCGUGCCUGUGA